AUGACUUCCCUCUUCUUCUCGACCCCGCUCGACAUCGACAUUGUUCUCGAAGAUGGCGACGAGCGCCAGAUGGUUGAUGUCAAACUGGACAAAGGCCACCGGGAGAAAGUGCCCUUGUAUAUGGAUGGUGAAUCAGUCAAGGGUGCUGUGACUGUGAGACCGAAGGAUGGGAAGCGGCUGGAACACACGGGCAUCAAAGUGCAGUUUAUCGGAACAAUAGAAAUAUUCUACGACAGAGGCAAUCACCACGAAUUUCUAUCUUUGGUACAGGAACUCGCGGCUCCCGGCGAGCUGCAGCACCCGCAAACCUUCCCCUUCAACUUCAAGAACGUCGAGAAGCAGUACGAAUCAUACAAUGGCAUAAAUGUGAAGCUACGAUACUUUGUCCGGGUAACGGUAUCCAGGCGCAUGGCGGACGUGAUACGCGAAAAGGACUUGUGGGUUUACUCUUAUCGCAUGCCACCGGAGACCAACAGCCCGAUCAAGAUGGAUGUCGGUAUCGAGGAUUGUCUGCACAUUGAGUUUGAGUACUCAAAAUCCAAGUACCACCUCAAGGAUGUGAUUGUGGGACGUAUCUAUUUCCUACUUGUGCGCCUGAAAAUCAAGCAUAUGGAGUUGUCGAUUAUUCGACGAGAAACGACUGGGACGCGGCCGAAUGAAUAUAACGAGAGUGAGACGCUGGUGAGGUUCGAGAUUAUGGAUGGUUCACCUUCAAGAGGCGAAACCAUCCCUAUCCGUUUGUUCCUUGGUGGAUUUGACCUGACUCCAACCUUCCGAGAUGUCAACAUGAAGUUUUCAACCCGGUAUUAUUUGAGUUUAGUGCUCAUCGAUGAAGACGCCCGUCGCUACUUCAAACAAUCCGAAAUCAUCCUCCACCGCCUCGCACCCGAGAUCCCCCCAACGCCCGAAGUUGCCAAACAGCAGCAAAUCCAGAUGCAGCAAGCAGCAGAGCAACAACAGCACCAGCUCCCGCCUGGCUCUGCGACCGCGGGCCCGGGACGAGAGCACGUGAAUAGCCAGGCUGUUCCUCCUCCUGCGGCUUGA